AUCCCCCCCCCCAUUUUUGUUCUCUUCUCGCCUCCUCUCCCCCUCACCCUUUGCGCCUCCCCAACGCUGGAGAGAGAGAGAGAGAGAGAGAGAGAGAGAGAGAGAGGAAUUGAGCGAGGAGGAGGAGGAGAAGGGGGUGGUGAGAGGAGGAGGAGGAGGAGGACGAGGGGGACGAGGACGAUGAAGUACGUGUUGAUCACGGGCGGGGUGGUGAGCGGGCUCGGGAAGGGCGUCACCGCGAGCAGCAUCGGCGUCGUCCUCAAAUCCUGUGGCCUCCGCGUCACCUCCAUCAAAAUCGACCCAUACUUAAACACGGAUGCUGGAACGAUGUCUCCUUUUGAGCAUGGGGAGGUUUUUGUUCUUGAUGACGGCGGAGAGGUUGACUUGGAUUUAGGAAAUUACGAGCGCUUCUUAGAUGUCACACUUACUAGAGAAAACAACAUUACCACUGGAAAGAUAUAUCAGUCUGUUAUUGAGAAGGAGAGGAGGGGCGAUUAUCUUGGAAAAACCGUGCAGGUUGUUCCUCACAUAACAGAUGCCAUAAAGAAUUGGAUUGAGUCAGUAUCUUCUAUUCCAGUGGAUGGAGGAACUGGGCCAGCUGAUGUGUGUGUAAUUGAGUUGGGUGGAACUGUAGGUGAUAUUGAAUCAAUGCCAUUCAUUGAAGCUUUACGUCAGCUGUCAUUUUCUGUUGGUAAGGAGAACUUUUGCCUGAUACAUGUGAGCCUUGUCCCAGUGCUUGGUGUUGUUGGUGAGCAAAAAACGAAGCCAACACAGCAUAGUGUGCGAGAACUGAGGGCAUUAGGUUUGACUCCUGAUCUGCUGGCAUGCCGGUCUGCACAGCCUUUAAUCGGAAGCACUAAGGAGAAACUUUCGCAAUUUUGCCAUGUCCCGGUUGCUAAUAUUCUAAACAUUCACGAUGUUCCAAACAUCUGGCACGUCCCGCUUCAGCUUCAAAAACAAAAUGCUCAUGAGGCUAUACUGAAGCAGUUGAAUCUUGUCAGCAAGGCUUCUCCACCUGAGUUGAGAGAGUGGACGGAGAUGGCCGAGUCAUAUGAGAAUCUCACAACCUCAGUUAAAAUUGCUUUGGUUGGAAAGUAUACUGGUCUAACAGAUUCUUAUUUAUCUGUAGUCAAGGCCCUUCUGCAUGCAUGUGUAGCCUGCUCAAUGCGGCCAUCAAUCCAGUGGAUCGCUGCUUCAGACCUUGAAGAUGAAAGUGCAAGAACGACACCAGAGGCACAUGCUGUGGCUUGGGAAACCCUUAGAAGUUCCUCAUGCAUUUUGAUACCUGGUGGGUUUGGUGACCGUGGAGUGCCUGGAAUGAUAUUGGCUGCGAAAUAUGCUAGAGAGAAUAAAGUCCCUUAUCUUGGCAUUUGCUUGGGAAUGCAGAUAUCUGUGAUUGAAAUAGCUCGAUCUAUCUUGGGUGUGGAAAGAGCUAAUAGCGAAGAGUUCGACUCUGAAGCGCCAGAACUUGUCAUUAUGUACAUGCCUGAGGUUUCGAAAACGCACAUGGGAAGCACAAUGAGAUUAGGAUGUCGGAGAACCUUUUUUCGCCAUCCUCGUUGUCUUACUUCGAAACUAUAUGGAAAUGCUAAAUUUGUGGAUGAGCGCCAUCGUCACAGAUAUGAGGUGAAUCCUGAUUUUGUUGAGAAGUUGGAAACUUCAGGCCUACAGUUUGUAGGAAGUGAUGAAAGUGGAGAUAGAAUGGAGGUUAUAGAGCUACUGAGUCAUCCUUAUUACAUCGGUGUUCAGUUCCACCCUGAAUUCAAAUCAAGACCUCGGAAGCCUUCUGCUUUGUUCUUGGGUCUGAUAUUGGCGGCAACAGGUCAACUGGAAGCCUAUCUAAAAAGUCACUCCGAUGCUAAUUCGUACGCUCCUCAAUGACUUCUGGUUGCCCUUCUUUUUUCAGAUAAAGUAGUUAUUGCAUUUCAAGAACCUGACAGAAGUUGAUCAGGGAUGCGUUAGUCGAGGGGCUUCAACACGAAAGCUUAAUUCCGGUUUGUUCCUGAAGUAGUAAGAGAUAUCUACGACGAGUGUCCGCCGCUCGAAGUACCAAUUUUGUUUAGCCGUUGUCUUUACGGGAUCUAAUUUCAUCUUUUUCUCGGAGUGGUUCCUGAACUGGAAAUGCUUUUUUUCGACAUUUGAGAUCUCCAUUUGUUGGCUAAGAUUUUUUUUUUUGGCUCGACUGCGGAUACUUUGUUGUAUCCGUGAUCUGCAGUAUACGAUACAUGCUUUAUCAACUAAAGCAUCAGCUGAAAACAGCAUCAGAUGGUAUUCCGAUUUCCGAAUGCGAAUUGGAAUUGUAAUGCUUUUAUUCAAAUUAUUAUUCAGAUGUGAAAGACAUUCACAUACUUUGAGGAUUUUUUUUCCUUGUUUCUUCAUUUUGAUGCUUUUUAUUACAGCAAUUCAGAAAACCACU